AUGCCUACUAAGCUUAAAACAAAGUCGAAAACUGUGGAUGAUCUGUUGCGUCAACAAGAAGAGCCUCCAAGAAAGAAAAGGCGGCUUUCUAUUACGGAAUCUCUAUCUGGGGACGAAGAUUCCGCUUCCACCUCUGACGACGAAGCAAGCUCUAGCAGAGAAAUAAACGACGGGAAUUACCUUUCAGAUUCAGAAAGUGACGAUGAGCUGCAAAAACCAGAGGCACCUUCACAAAUCAAUGUCGAGGAUCGUCUGAAUCUAUUCGGAAAACGCUUCACAUCUCCCAAACGCACCGUCGCAAAACCUUCCGUACCUCCCCCCGUGUCGUCUUUCGCGUCCCUAGGAAUAUCCAGACCACUACAAAGUGCACUGAACAGCAUGUCUAUCAAAACACCUACAGAAGUCCAGUCGGCUUGUAUACCCGUUCUCUUGGCUGGCAAAGAUUGUAUAGGUAACGCAAAGACAGGUUCAGGCAAAACCAUCGCUUUUGCUUUGCCGAUCCUACAAAAACUUUCAGUGGAUCCUUAUGGCAUAUUUGCAUUAGUGUUGACUCCUACAAGGGAACUUGCAUUCCAGAUUGCGGAACAGUUUGCCGUUCUUGGGUCUUCGCUGAAUGUUAGGACCUCAGUCAUUGUUGGAGGGAUGGACAUGAUGGCUCAGGCGCUGGAACUCGGUAAUCGCCCUCAUGUCGUCAUUGCGACGCCUGGUCGGUUGGUCGACCAUCUGCGAAGCUCAAGUGGCGAGUGGGAUCUCUCAAGAGUGAAAUUUUUGGUACUUGACGAAGCGGAUAGACUAUUAACGGAGACGUUCUCUUCAGACUUGGGGUAUCUGUUCAACGUGCUACCGAAAGAAAGACAAACGUGUCUAUUCACCGCAACGCUUACACCGUCUAUUGAAACCUUGGCUGAAGCGCCGCCCAGACCCGGGAAGCAGAAGCCUUUUAUUCACCGAAUGAAGGCGACAGUUGAAACAGUAUCGACUUUGAAGCAGCACUACAUCUUGGUUCCUUCACAUGUUAGAGAAUCAUAUCUCUUUUACCUUUUAUGCAACCCCCCAGAAUCUACUCUGCACAUGCGACGCGCGCCCCCAGAACCGACGAAAAAGAAAUCCAAUCCUGUAAAGUCGAAAGCGAAAAAGGCAAAGGUCGACAAUGCAGACGAUGAGCUGGAACAACCGCCGCCAACGAUCAUCUUUUGCGCCAAGCCCAAGACGGCUGCGUAUCUUACCCUUUUGUUGAAGACGCUGAAUAUCCGUAGUACAGCGUUGCACUCGAGGCUGACCCAACGUGAGCGAUUGUCAUCGUUGUCGCUGUUCCGAGCGUCGGUGGUUCCUGUGCUGGUCUCUACUGAUGUCGGAGCGCGUGGGUUGGAUAUCGAGGAGGUUGCUAUGGUCAUCAAUUGGGAUCUGCCCAGUGAGCCGGAGGAGUAUACACAUCGUGUGGGACGAACUGCGCGUGCUGGAAGGGGAGGUAUCGCCAUCAGUUUUGUGACUGAGCGCGACGAGGAGCGUGUUUUGAAAAUUGAGGACCGGAUCAAAACGAAACUGGAAGAAAUGACGCUGCCCGAAGACAAGGUGCUGGACAAGCUGAACGCGGUGUCGACAGCGAAACGGCUGGCGAACAUGGAACUGCACGACUCUAAUUUUGGCAAGAGAGAGGAGAUUCACAAGAUGAAAUAUGGGACGCGCAGAGAGGGGGAAAAGUAG